AGGAAAACGUGUUCCUUGUGAAACUCUGAACACGUUUAUUUAUGCAACUGCACUCAACUAAAUUACUCGAGACUUCAAAAGCUAGAUAAAUAUAAUAAAAAUAAAUAAUUAUAAGUAAAUUAGUUUUAUCUAUAUAAAACUAUUAUCUAUAAAAAACGAUAAAUGGAAGGAAGACAAUUAACUCGAGGUGAAAUUUAGUAUAAAUUGAUACGUCGUACGAGUUUAUAAUAUUAAAAAUGAAACUACAUUUUGUCAAUACAUUGUUCAUUUCAUUGGCAAUAUUUGUGCCAAUAACAACGAAUGGAUUGAAUAUUUUGUCAUCAACAUUAUGGGAUUUCAUAACGAUAAAUCAUUUCAACGAGAAUAGACCAAUUUUAAAGAAAUACGAUUUCAUAAUAAUCGGUGCUGGUACAGCAGGAUCAGUGGUAGCCAACAGAUUAACAGAAAAUCCAAAUUGGAAAAUAUUAUUGUUGGAAACUGGUGAAGAAGAGACAAUUUUAUCGGAUGUACCAGCUGCAGCACCAGCUGCAUCAUUGACCAAUUCUAUUCGUACAUAUUUUGACCAACCAUCAAAACCAAUGACUGAAAGCAAUGGUCAUUGUUUAUCAUACAAAAAUAAACGUUGUACACUAGGAGUGGGUAAAGCUGUUGGUGGUUCUACCACCAUCAAUUUUAUGGCUUAUGUGAGAGGUGAGCCACAGGAUUUCAAUGAUUGGGCAGCUCUUGGAAAUCCUGGAUGGAAUUACGAUGACGUUCUUCCGUACUUUAAGAAAUCGGAAAAUUGCAAAAUACCCGAUACAACCGAAAGAUUUCAUGGUUACGAAGGAUACUUGGACGUUAACUAUGCUUCCUAUUCAUCACCGAUUAAAGAUAUAUUUUUUAAUGCCACCAAAGAAUUGGGAUACAAAAUAAUCGAGUACAAUUCCGACGCGAACAUUGGAUUUGCCAUAACUGAAGCUACCAUACGAAAUGGACAUAGAUUGGAUGCCAGUAAAGCGUUCCUCAGAUCGAUCAAAAAACGCCCAAAUUUCUACCUGUACAAAUCUUCAACGGUAACAAAAAUAGUUAUCGAUGAAAAAACCAAAACAGCUGUAGGUGUUCAUUUUGUUAGAAAUGGGAAAGAUUAUUUUGUUAGAGCUAGCAAAGAAGUCAUCCUAAGUGCUGGUGCCAUAAAUUCACCGAGAUUGUUGAUGCUGUCCGGUAUUGGACCAAAGGAUCAUUUAAGUUCUUUCAAUAUCAACACGAUUGAAGAUCUUCCCGUAGGAUUUAAUUUUCAUGAUCAUUUGGUCAUGACAAUUUUUAAUUUUAUUUUAAAGGAACCUGUUAUCAAUAUAUUAAGUUUCGACAAUAUUUUAAAUUAUCUACUCAAAGGAACUGGCCCAUUGACUGUACCUGGUCUAACCGAAUGUCUUGGUUUCAUAUCAACGAAAGAUAACAACAACGGUACAAAAGAAGGGAAUAUCCAUGAGAGACGAGACGGCGAGCUACUUAUGGCAUUAGGGGGUUUCGUUGGCACAGGAUCUCAAAUUUUCAAAACAGUUCUUUCAUUUGACGAUGAAUUUUAUGAAAGUGUUUUUGCCAAGUACGUAGGGAUGAACAGUUUUUCCAUUUUUCCAGUACUGAUGCAUCCUAAAAGUCGUGGAAGAGUUAGUUUAAAAAGUUCCGAUCCCAUGGAUGAUCCUAUCAUUGAUACCAAUUAUCUUGAUCACGAAGAUGACAUGAAAACCUUUAUCGACAUAAUCAAAAAGAUGAUCAAAUUAUCUUCAACGAAAUCAUUUCAACGUUACAACAUCACCAUGGUACCCGUGAAAUUUCCCGGAUGCGACCAUACGGAAUAUUUGUCAGAUUCUUUCUUAGCUUGUUUAAUACGACACACUGCUGGAACAUUAUGGCAUUACGUUGGAACGUGUAAAAUGAGUCCCAGAGAUAAAUCAGGGGUGGUUGAUCCUCGAUUGAAAGUAUAUGGUAUUAAAUCGUUGAGAGUUGUUGACAACAGUAUAAUACCAACUAUAGUCAGUGGUCAUUUAGCUGCUGCAGCUUACAUGAUUGCUGAAAAAGCGAGUGAUAUGAUCAAAGAAGAUUGGAAAUCAAAUUAGAAAUUCAUUUCUUUUUUCUUUUUAUUAAUCAUACUGAGUUAAUAUUACAAAAAUAAUAUUAUUAUAUUGGUAU